CGGCGGCAGUGGCGGAUCCUGGAACCGGCGUGAGUCCGGCCCCCGCCGCGGGACCCGGGUCUUGACGAGCCCCGCCCGGGCCACGGCGCGCGGAGGAUGGAAACGCGCGCCCCGCCAUGUCUCUGGGCCGCCUCCUUCGCCGGGCCUCCUCCAAAGCCUCGGACCUCCUGACCCUCACCCCCAGUGGCGGUGGGGGGCCCCCCGCUGUCCCCGAUGGGGAGAUUAUCUACUCCAAGAACAAUGUCUGCGUGCACCCGGCUGAGGGGCUGCAGGGGCGGGGGGAGCACCACCCAGGGUACCUGGGCUUGUACGUGGAGAAGGAUGAGCUCCUGGGGGCCACGCUCAUCCUGGCGUGGGUCCCCAACUCUCGCAUCGAGAGGCAAGACGAGGAGGCCCUCCGCUACAUCACCCCCGACAGCUCCCCGGUGCACAAGGCACCCCGCCCUUGGCGCCAGCGCACCCCGAGCUCGGGGGCCCCUCACCAGCCCUCCCUCACAGAACAAAGGCCCUCCCUGACCCCCAAAGAUGAGGAUAUCCUGGUGGUGGCCCAGAGCAGCCGGGACACUGUGCACAUCAGCCCAUCCCCGGAGGAGGGGGAGCAGCCGGCCCGGGGCCCCGGAGCCCACGGCCCCCACCGCGACUCCGGGAUCUUGUCCACGGUCAGGUCACAGGACGGAACGGAGGAUGGCCGGGGGCCUCGGCCUGAGGCCGGGGAGGAGGAGGGCUCCUCGGAGCUUUCGGCCGAUGGCGUGAGCAGGGACAGCUCCUUUGACUCGGACUCAGACGCCUUCUCGUCACCCUUCUGCCUUUCACCCAUCAGCGCCGCCCUGGUGGAGGGCGGCGGCUCUGCGUUCCUGGAGAGCGAGGGCAGUUCCCCCUGCAGCUCAGAGGUGCACUUGAGGUUCCCGGACAGCGGCUGCGCCCCGGAGCAGAUCUGCGGCGUGUUCCGCGUGGACCUGGGCCACAUGCGUUCCCUGCGCCUCUUCUUCAGCGACGACGCCUGCACCAGCGGCCAGCUGGUGGUCGCCAGCCGCGAGAGCCAGUACAAGAUCUUCCACUUCCACCACGGCGGCCUGGACAAGCUCUGCGAGGUGCUGCAGCGGUGGAAGUGCUGCGCCGAGACGCGGCUGCGGGACCAGCAGGUCUCUGACGAGAAGACGUGCAUGCUCUUCUCUAUCCGAAGGCCCAAGCUGCCGUCCUCCGAGACGCACCCCGAGGAGAGCCUCUACCAGCGGCUGGACGCCGCGGCCUGGCUCGCCCACCUCAACGCGCGGGGCCAGGUAGAGGAGGAGUACAAGCUGCGCAAGGCCAUCUUCUUCGGCGGCGUGGACGUGAGCAUCCGCGGCCAGGUCUGGCCGUUCCUGCUGCGCUAUUACAGCGCCGCGUCCACGGCCGAGGAGCGCGAGGCGCUGCGGGCGCAGAAGCGGAAGGAGUACGGGGAGAUCCAGCAGAAGAGGCUCUCCAUGACCCCCGGGGAGCACCGAGCCUUCUGGCGCAAUGUGCAGUUCACUGUGGACAAAGACGUGGUACGCACAGAUCGCAGCAACCAGUUCUUCCGAGGGGAGGACAACCCGAAUGUGGAGUGCAUGAGGAGGAUCCUGCUGAACUACGCGGUGUACAACCCGGCCAUCGGCUACUCGCAGGGCAUGUCAGACCUGCUGGCGCCCAUCCUGGCCGAGGUCCUGGACGAGUCCGACACCUUCUGGUGCUUUGUGGGCUUGAUGCAGAACACGAUCUUCGUCAGCUCUCCUCGGGACGAGGACAUGGAGAGGCAGCUGCUGUACCUGCGAGAGCUGCUCCGGCUGACACAUGUGCGCUUCUACCAGCACCUGGCCUCGCUGGGCGAGGACGGCCUGCAGAUGCUUUUCUGCCACCGCUGGCUCCUGCUGUGCUUCAAGCGCGAGUUCCCCGAGGCGGAAGCCCUGCGGAUCUGGGAGGCCUGCUGGGCCCACUACCAGACGGACUACUUCCACCUGUUCAUCUGCGUGGCCAUUGUGGCCAUCUACGGGGAUGACGUGGUCGAGCAGCAGCUGGCCACCGACCAGAUGUUGCUGCACUUCGGGAACCUGGCCAUGCACAUGAACGGGGAGCUGGUGCUCAGGAAGGCCAGGAGCUUGCUGCACCAGUUCCGCCUCCUGCCCCAGAUCCCCUGCAGCCUCCACGACCUGUGCAAGCUGUGCAGCACCGGCAUGUGGGACAGCGGGUGCAUGCCCGCCGUCGAGUGUGCCGGCCACCACUCGGGCUCCCAGAGCUGCCCCUACGCGGGGACUGCGGACGCGCCUCCCCCCACGCCCCCGAGAGAGGGCAGGAAGGGCCCCAGGACGCCCCUGGAAGGCUUCGGUCUCCGCAAAUAGGUGGCGCUGCGGGUCGGGACCAGGAGUGGGGGUCUCCCCAG